AGCAGUUAACGUUUUGCAUUCGAUCAGUGCGCCACGAAAAGUCGGGCAAACGCCCGACGAAAAACUAAAUAGUGAGACAUUCAUAGAACGAAGUGUGUGACGAAAACAAUAGUAAAGAUGGCGACCAUUGAACAGCUGGGAUACAGUGCUUUCUUCAUUGCACUCACCUGCAUCAUCGCGAUCGUGGCCCGCAAGCUGAACGAACGCAUGUCGAAGGAUGGGCUGGUGAAGGAUCUAUUCUUUGAGGCGAUCGCCGCCGCCGAACUGUGCGGAUGUUGUUUCGAACUGAUCGUGGUGGCCGAUAACUUUGGUGUUGCUACCUAUGCGGUGUUCCUGUUCGCGCUGACCAUAUGGUGGGGCCGCAGCUGGGGCUCAGCCACGGCGUGCCCCUACACCUAUAUGGAGCAAAUUGUCGAAGGCGAAGUCAGCAUGAAGGAAGCGGCGCUCAAGAUCUGGGCCCAGCUGAUGGGCGGAUGUGCCAUAUUCCGUUACGUGCAGCUGUAUUGGUGGCUCGAGCUGGCUGAAACACACGAAGGACGGGCGUUCGAGGACUGCAAAGCUGAUCUUCAGGUCAAUCUCUAUCUCGGUGCUUUCAUCGAGGGCUUCGCCACGCUCUGCUGCCGGCUGGCCUCGAAGGUGAUAUCGGAGAAGGAUGCAAAGUUCGGUGCGAUGAUCGACUCGUUCAUCGGCACCAGCCUAGUCGUUGCCGUUUAUCGCACAGCUAUUUUUGUGUUUGCAGCCUUCAACUACUCCGGCGGCUACUUCAACCCGGUGCUGGCGACCGCCCUGAAGUGGGGCUGUGCCGGCAACUCCGCUCUGGAACACAUCAUCGUGUACUGGAUCGGAUCGUGUGUUGGCGCAGUGCUGUCGGUCCCCCUAUUCAAAACGGCCACCUUCCGUGAAAUGUUCCUGACAGAGAAACCAAAGGCCGACUAAAAGACGCCAAUGAAAACGCUGGCCAACACGGGAACCAUCUAGUCGAAUGUGUGAUUUUACGAACUGUUAAUUUAUUGAUAAUGUUGCUGAUUCCCCCCCUCGAAGGCACUCCAAGCAUACGUGCAUUUUCCGUUCCUCAAAGG